AUCACCUGUUUCACCAAGGGUUCUUAAGCUUCAGAAAAUGGAUUGUUGAGUCCGACGUCCUUCCUCCCGAGGUUCACAUCAUGUUGUCCGAUAUUCUACGAGGGUCAGGCCAUGUGGAUGACAUCUUCCCCUACUUCAUGCAGCACUGUAAACAGAUCUUCCCCAUGUUGGACUGCAUGGACGAUCUCCGCAAGAUCAGCGACUCCAGGGACCCAGCCAGCUGGUACUCUGAGGCGCGUGCCAUACACAGGAAGAUAGUGUUCCAUGCGGGUCCCACGAACAGUGGAAAGACGUACCACGCGUUGGAGAGGUUCUCACAGGCCAAGUCUGGGAUCUACUGUGGACCCCUCAAACUACUGGCCAACGAGGUGCACCAAAAAACAAACGACAGGGGGGUCCCUUGUGAUCUGGUGACAGGAGAAGAGAGGGUGUACGCGCGGGAAGACGGACAGCCCUCCGGUCACGUGUCCUGUACUGUUGAGAUGACCAACAUCCACCAGCCAUAUGAGGUGGCAGUGGUGGACGAGAUCCAGAUGAUAAAGGACCCCCAGCGAGGGUGGGCGUGGACCCGCGCCCUGCUGGGUCUGUGUGCCGAGGAGAUCCACCUGUGUGGGGAGCCUGCAGCCAUCGAUCUGGUCACAGAGAUGAUGCUGUCUACAGGGGAGGAGUUGGAGGUCAGAAGAUACAAAAGGCUGACAGGUCUGACCUACCUGAAGGAGCCGCUGGGUUCCUUAAACAACCUGAGACCAGGGGACGCCAUCGUCUGCUUCAGCAAGGCAGACAUCUUCCAGCUGAGCAGGCAGAUAGAGGCCAUGGGGAAGGAGUGUGCAGUUAUAUACGGCAGCCUCCCCCCAGGAACUAAACUAGCCCAGGCUAAGAAGUUCAACAACCCUGAUGACCCCUGCAAGAUUCUGGUGGCUACAGAUGCUAUAGGCAUGGGCAUCAACUUGAGCAUCAAGCGAGUCAUCUUCAACUCCCUGAUCAAGCCCACCCUGAAUGAGAAGGGAGAGAAGGAGAUGGACAACCUGAGCACGUCGCAGGCCCUGCAGAUCGGGGGGCGGGCGGGAAGGUUUGGCACACACUUCCAGGACGGGGAGGUCACCACCAUGCACAAGGAGGACCUACAGACGCUUCACGACAUCGUCCAACAACCGGUAGAACCUAUCGAGGCUGCUGGACUCCACCCAACUGCUGAACAGGUGGAGAUGUUUGCGUACCAGCUACCUGAUGCCAGCAUGUCCAACCUCAUUGACAUUUUCAUCAACCUGGCACAGGUGGACUCCCGAUACUUUGUGUGCAACAUCGAGGACUUCAAGUUCCUGGCAGACAUGAUCCAGCACAUCCCGCUGAACCUGAGAGCUCGCUAUGUCUUCUGCUGCGCCCCUAUCAACAAGAAACAACCCUUCCUCUGUACAUCCUUCCUCAAGUUUGCCCGUCAGUUCAGCCGCGGGGAGCCCAUCACGUUUGACUGGGUGUGUCGCCUGAUUGGUUGGCCCGUUGCCAUGCCCAGGACCAUUCGAGAGCUGAUGUACCUGGAGUCCAUACAUGAUGUCCUGGAUGUGUACCUGUGGCUCAGCUACCGUUUCAUGGACAUGUUCCCAGACGGGGGACUCAUCCGAAUGAUCCAGCGCGAACUGGACCUACUCAUCCAGGAAUCUGUGUACAGAAUCACCAGACUCAUCCGGCAGAGCGAAUCACAGACGUCUAGCGGCACGUCCGUCAGCGAAGACGAGAUUCCGCGUACGAGGAGGCCGAAGGGACACAUGUCGGGGAUCCCAAAAUUCGACGAAAUGGUGGAGGGUGUAAAGGUUUCGCCAGCAAAACACGGAGCAACAAAAACAAUAGAGGGUGAUUCGGAGACUGAAGAAAGGGGACAUAAACAUCGCUUGAGUGACAAACUUGUUCAGGAGGGCGUGAUUACGCAAAGUAUGCUGGAUAAGUUACGGAAAGAGUGGGAGAGACAGUCGGACAGCGAUGGCAAUUUGAACAACAAAACAAGGAAAAAAAGAGGUCGAAAGAGCAAAUAUUAGAACCACAGCCAAGCUUAUUAGUGUUUAUGUUGUUUUUUUCUUCAGGUUUUCAUAAUUAUAACAUUUAUCACUGUGACAGACUUUGUACUGGCACCUGCUUUUUCCUCCAGUAGUUAAAACAUAUAAUAAAGAUGUGCUUCUCAAUCUCUUUUUUAUGAGCAGACUGCAAUAAUUAUAUAUCAAUUAAAUAUGUACAUGUACAUAGCGCAAACAGGUUGCAAUUUUGGCCAUAAUAGAACAAAUGCAUUGCUGGAUUUUGAACUAAAGAGCAGUGCACAACUGGAGGUUCCAGGUAUGAACACUUGGAUCACUUUAUGAGACCAAAAGAUAUCUGCCACUCAAAAUCAUGACAUUUUCUGGAACAAAGAACAUCUACAGUUCCCGACACAGUUGCCAAUUGGAACACAUUGUGCUAGACUGCGAAAUUUUACCUUUCACUUCCCAAAUAUGGUUUUGUAAGAUUAUCUUACUAUCAACUUGUAUCAAGGGACUUUCUAGAUGAUGGUCAUUAUAAAAAAGUUCAGAAUUUCUAAAAUAUGUUGGUUUGUAUUCAUUAUCACUAA